CAGCUGUCAUUUAUAAUUUUCAUCUUUAGAACCUCCUUGAAAUUCUUCGCUCAAGAGCUUCAUCCUCACCGGAUCAUCGGUUGUUUACGCUUGUCACGGCAAAAAAUCCCGAACAUGAUACUGCAACAUGUGCGAGUCUUCUAAAGAGAGCUGAAAGAAUUGGUGCGUUCUUGGUGGAACGAGGUCGUCUGAACGUUGGCGACCAUGUGGCGUUGAUUUUCCACCCGGGCAUCGACUUUAUAGCUGCAUUUUAUGGUUGCCUUGUUGCUGGCGUUGUUCCCGUAUGCAUACGAGCGCCAUCGGCUGCAUCUCUUCAGACGACCUUGCCCUCAGUGCGAAUGAUUGUUGAUGUCAGUAAGGCAGUAGCUAUAGUGUCAAACACCGCUGUUUGUAAACUUCUUAAAAGCAAAGAAGCUGCUCACCGGGUAGAUUCUAAAGCGUGGCCUAUGAUUCUUGACAUCGAGGAUUCUCCUGCCUCCUGGAAACGAAAAGCUAAUGCAGAACCAUCGGAACCAUUAAUCUCCGAUGCUUGCUAUUUGGAUUUCUCCGUAAGCACUACGGGACAACUGGUUGGAGUGAUUGUCAGCGUAGGAGGAGCGUUAAGCAUGUGUAGGAGUUUAAAGGUCACCUGCGAACUGUAUCCUUCGCGUCAUGUAGCACUUUGUCUGGAUCCAUACUCUGGAUUAGGGUUUGCCCUAUGGUGCCUCAGCAGCAUUUAUUCUGGUCACCAUACCAUACUUAUUCCACCAGCGGAAGUGGAAGCGAAUCCAUCAUUAUGGUUGACGACAGUAUCGAACUUGAAAAGUAGCGCACGUGAUACAUUUACGACGUAUGGUGUUCUUGGAAUAUGCAUUCAAGAAUUAGCAUCACAAGUCUCCAAUCUCAAGGAUAAGGGAGUGAAUUUAGCCUGGUAA